UAUUUAGUGUCAGUCGCCGCCGCCGUUAAUAUUUGUCGGCGCAGGGCUCUGCACAAAACUUGAAAAAUCAACUGGAUUUUCUGCAUUUUUUAUUUAAAAUGCAGCCUUUACUAAGAAAUUCUCGUCCCUCCUUGGGACUUAUUCAACGUUUCUAUUGCUCGGCCAAUAAAGCUGCCGGCGAAACUAAAACCAUACCCAAAAAUGUCUUGGAAGGCAAUCAAACUGCACAAUUACAAGCUGAAAAUGGUGCUAUUUUCGAUAAGAAACCAUUUAAAAUCCACUUAGAUCAAAAUAAAGUCUACAGUUGGUGUUUGUGCGGCAAGUCGAAAAGCCAACCCAUUUGCGAUGGUACUCAUAAAAAUGAAUUUUUGAAAAUUAAAUUGAGGCCCAUCCGUUUCAAGGUGGAAAAAACUGGCGAUUACUGGCUGUGCAAUUGUAAACAUACCAAACAUCGUCCCUUCUGUGAUGGCACUCACAAGCAACCUCAUAUCCAAUCUGCUGUUAAAUAAGUGAAUUUAUUUUAAAAAUACAUAAUUGUUUUCUUUGUUAUGAAUAAAGUUUUCUCCGCUCGAAAUAAGAAAAACA